AGGGAUUUGGCUGUGCCCUCGGUUAGGAGAGAUAAAGUUGGGGCAGCAGUAGCAAAGGCAGAGGGUGGUGGUGAUGAGAAGGAGGAGCAAAAGGAUGGAAGUGUACGGCCUAGGGGUGAGAGGAGGCGAUCCAAACCGAAUCCAAGGCUAAGUAAUCCGCCCAAGCAUGUGCACGGUGAGCAAGUGGCUGCCGGAUGGCCAUCCUGGCUCUCCGCGGUUGCUGGAGAGGCAAUCAACGAUGGACAAGGUACAUAUAGUAAUGUGUACAAAGCUAGGGAUGCUAUAACGGGAAAAAUUGUUGCAUUGAAGAAGGUCCGAUUUGACAAUUUAGAGCCUGAGAGUGUCAAAUUUAUGGCUAGGGAGAUUUUGAUUUUGCGUCGCUUGGAUCAUCCUAAUGUUGUAAAACUAGAAGCUUGUACCCUUGUCUUCGAAUAUAUGGAGCAUGAUUUGGCUGGAUUGGCUGCCAGUCCGGGAAUCAAAUUUACCGAACCUCAGGUCAAGUGUUACAUGCAUCAGCUACUGUCAGGUCUUGAACACUGUCACACCCACCAUGUGUUGCAUCGUGAUAUCAAGGGGUCAAAUCUUCUUAUUGAUAAUGGGGGUGUACUUAAGAUUGCUGAUUUCGGGUUGGCUUCCUUCUUUGACCCUCAUCACAAGCAGCCAAUGACUAGUCGGGUGGUUACUCUAUGGUAUAGACCGCCAGAGCUUCUUCUUGGGGCAACUGACUAUGGUGUAGGGGUGGACCUCUGGAGUGCUGGUUGCAUUUUAGCAGAGUUGUUGGCUGGGAAGCCUAUUAUGCCUGGUCGCACAGAGGUGGAACAGCUACACAAGAUAUUCAAGCUAUGUGGUUCUCCUUCAGAAGAAUAUUGGAAGAAGUCAAAGCUGCCACAUGCAACCAUAUUCAAGCCCCAGCAUUCUUACAAACGAUGCAUAGCAGAGACAUUUAAAGAUUUCCCACCUUCAUCACUGCCACUAAUUGAGACUCUUCUUGCAAUUGAUCCUGCUGAACGUCAAACUGCCACAGCUGCAUUGAGCAGUGAAUUCUUCACAACCAAGCCCUAUGCUUGUGAGCCUUCCAGCCUUCCAAAGUAUCCUCCCAGCAAGGAGAUGGAUGCUAAACUAAGAGAUGAAGAAGCUAGAAGACUGAGAGCGGCUGGCAAAGCCAAUGCUGAUGGUGUGAAGAAAGCUCGUGCACGUCACCGAGCUGUAAGGGCAUUCCCUGCUCCUGAAGCCAAUGCUGAGCUGCAAGCGAAUCUUGAUAGGCGGCGUCUAAUCACACAUGCCAAUGCAAAGAGCAAGAGUGAGAAGUUUCCUCCACCACACCAGGAUGGAACACUUGGUUAUCCUUUGGGAUCUUCACAUCACAUUGAUCCAACUUUUGAUCCUCCUGAUGUCCCAUUCAGUUCCUCGAAUUUCUCAUAUCCAAAAGCAUCCAUCCAAACUUGGUCUGGUCCAUUAUUGGACCCUGCUGAUGUUGGUGCUCCAAGGAGGAAGUCAAAGCCCUCAAAGAAGGAUUCGCACAAAGAUAAGAAUUCUGUUCGGACAAGAGAGAAAGAAGGCGUGUAA